UUUCUCUUGAAUCACUCUAUACCCCCCCCCAACCGAACUACACACAUGGCCACUAACUCACUUGUCGACUUUAACACUCUCUCGCCCAAGUUCAGAGAGCUCUACGCCAAGGCAAAGGACUUUGUUGAGAAUGAAUGCAUUCCUGCCGAGAAAGUAUUUGCAGCACAAAUGGGUCAAGGCGAAAACCGCUGGAAGGUUAUCCCGCCAGUCUUGGAGGAAUUAAAGGUCAAGGCACGUUCUAUCGGCUUGUGGAACUUGUUCUUGGGCCGUGAAUACGGCAACUUUGGCGCUGGCCUUACCAACGUUGAAUAUGGUCUUCUUGCCGAAUUAUCGGGUCGCAGCAGCCUCGCCCCCGAAUCAUGGAACUGCUCCGCUCCUGACACUGGCAACAUGGAAGUCUUUGCCAAGUACGGCACACCCGCGCAACAGGAACGAUGGUUGAAGCCACUUUUGGAUGGCAAGAUCCGUUCUGCUUUCGCCAUGACCGAACCUGCUGUUGCUUCUUCGGACGCAACCAAUAUUGAAACCAACAUUCGUCGCGAGGGUAACGAAUACGUCAUUAAUGGUCGCAAGUGGUGGAUCAGUGGCGCUGGUGAUCCCCGUUGCGCUGUCUACUUGGUGAUGGGCAAGUCUGAUGCCGAAAACUCAAACCGCCACAAGCAGCAGAGCUUGGUCAUUGUCCCUGCAGAUACCCCUGGCAUCAACGUUGUCCGCCCAAUGCAAGUAUUUGGUUUCGAUGAUGCUCCUGAGGGUCACUGUGAAAUCACUUUCACUGAUGUUCGCGUUCCUGUUGAGAACAUUGUUCUUGGUGAAGGACGUGGUUUUGAAGUCAUCCAAGGUCGUCUCGGUCCUGGCCGUAUCCACCACUGCAUGCGCUGCAUUGGCAAAGCCGAACGUGCUUUGGAACUGAUGAUUGCUCGUGUGACCGAUCCUUCUCGUCGUACCUUUGGCAAGGGCUUGGCCGAACACGGCACCAUUGUCGCUGACAUUGCCACUUCGCGUAUCGAAAUUGACCAGGCCCGUUUCUUGGUACUGAGCGCUGCUCGCAAGAUUGAUGAGGUCAAGGCAAAGGGUGCCAAGAAGGAAAUUUCCAUGGCCAAGAUCGCAGUACCUACUAUGCUUUUGAACGUUGUUGACCGUGCCAUGCAAGCGUAUGGUGCUGCGGGUAUCUCGCAAGAUACGCCUUUGGCUGGCUUCUUUGUUCGCGCACGUACUUUGCGCUACGCUGAUGGUCCUGAUGAGGUCCAUCGCAACCAGCUUGGCAAGACCGAAUUGCGCCGUGCUGCUGAGAUCGUCGAAAAGAUGAAGCAACAAAAGGAAAAGAGUGAUCAAUUGGUUGCUAAGCUCUAAAAUAAAUAUAACCCUCCAUUGCCUUGUGAUAGUUUCCUCCCCCCCAAUAAAUAUACACGCGCUUGUUUUUUGUUUACGCUAUACAGACUUCUU